AUGCACCCCUUUUCCAUCCUCACUCUCGGUAUCUUUGUAGCGGGCUAUAUCACCGCGCGGUGGGAUCUUGUUACGCGGUUAUACGAACUGGCCAUUUUCGCGUGGGAUCACGGUGUCGUGGACUGCGGAACACAGGACCACAAAUGCGAAGACAAUUGA